AUGGCGACUAACCACACGUCAACAACCGUGGCGCAGAAUGGGGACACCGGUAGCUCGAUAUCCAAGGACUAUGAUCUAUCUCAGCCCAUCACCUCGACGUCCGGCCUUCGCUCAGGCCUCACUUCAUAUGGUGACGCUCAUUUCUCACUGUUUCUGAGGAAAGUCUUCAUCAAAGCACUCGGAUAUUCGGACUCAGCACUUUCCUCGCCCAUCAUUGGCGUCAUCAACACCUACAGCUCAUUCAAUCCUUGUCAUUCCAAUGUGCCCCAACUCAUCGAGUCAGUCAAGCGUGGUGUUUUGGCCUCCGGAGGGCUGCCCGUCGAUUUUCCGACCAUUAGCAUCCAUGAGAGUUUUGCCAGCCCGACCAGCAUGUAUCUGAGGAAUCUGAUGAGUAUGGACACGGAAGAGAUGAUCAAGGCUCAGCCGGUAGAUGCUGUGGUCAUGAUAGGUGGGUGUGACAAAACAGUUCCAGCUCAGUUGAUGGGCGGCAUCUCCGCAAACAAACCUGUCAUUCCUCUCAUCACUGGGCCAAUGAUGCCCGGUUCAGUAGAAGGGGUCAGGGUAGGAGCUUGCACAGACUGCCGAAGCUAUUGGGCGCGUUAUCGAGCUGGUGGCGUGGACUUGGAGGACAUCAUGUCCGUCAAUGAGGAAUUGGCGCCCACAGGAGGCACAUGCGGAGUAAUGGGCACGGCAUCGACCAUGGCUUGUAUAACUGCAGGCCUGGGACUGCUUGAGCUCAAAUCUGGUGCUACUGCCGCAGCCGUGAGCUCGGCUAGACUGAGAGUCGCCGAGCAAGCUGGGCGUAAUGCAGUGGCUAUGCUCACAAAAGACGGCAUGAGACCACAAGACCUCCUCACCCGCGAGAGCUUUCUCAAUGCCAUUACCGUUCUCCAAGCCAUUGGUGGAAGUACGAAUGCUGUGGUGCACCUGCUGGCCAUCAUCAACCGACACCCAAAGGUGGCAGGCACGAUUGACCUCAACACCUUUGACGAGAUUGGAAGAAAGACUCCGUUGCUCGUUGACUUGAAGCCUAGCGGUGACAAUUACAUGACUGAUUUCCACAAUGCAGGCGGCAUGUUGGCGCUGAUGCAUACCUUGAGGCCAUUAUUACACCUCAGUGCAAAGACUUACUCUGGUCAGACUCUAGGCGAGCUUCUCGACGCCACUCCCUUCAAGCCGUUCCAAUACUCCAGACAGAUCGUUCGGUCGCUCGAAGAUCCUCUAUACCCUAGCUCGAGUUUGGUGGUCCUGCAUGGCAAUAUCUGUCCACAAGGCGCAGUUAUGAAAGCCUCGGCCUCGAAGGACCGGAAGCUGUUGCACCACCGUGGCUCGGCCUGCGUCUUUGAGAACACUGCAGACAUGGCCCAACGCAUCGACUCUCCAGACCUGGAAGUUGAUGCGAACUCGGUAUUGAUACUCAAGAGCAUUGGUCCAGUGGGCAAUCCGGGGAUGCCCGAGGCUGGACUGAUACCUAUACCUCAAAAGCUAGGGAAACAAGGCGUGACCGACAUGCUGCGGAUCAGUGAUGGACGAAUGAGUGGCACUGCUGGUGGCACAAUCAUACUGCAUAUAUCACCAGAGUCUGCGGACCUUGAUUCGGUAUUUGGUGUGGUGCAGACGGGGGACAAGAUUAUUUGCGAUGUCGAGCAGAGGAAACUGCUCCUAGACGUAGAAGAACAGGAGAUCGCCAGACGUAUUUUGGAACGCAAAACGCGAUCCCAGGCCGCCUCAUUUUCUGGAAAGGCUGAUGGGCAAAUGUCCAACAACUUGGAGCCAUGGGUGGAGAGAACUGGUCGGAGAGGUUAUCGAGGCCUCUACGAGCGCGAGGUCAAUCAGGCACACGUGGGCUGCGACUUUGGCUUCCUUACAGCCCAAGGUCCGUCAGGCAAUUGA